GGUUGUGAACUACAUUUCCCAGAGUGCAUCGCGCUGACAGCUUCUUCCUCGCGACAAAAAUGGCGGCUCCUUUAACACUCCUAAUCAUAGUGGCUGUGACAAUAAGAGCCGUUUUAUUCCGCUCCAGUUUGGCAGAAUUAAUUUCAGAAAGGGUCGAGGUAGUGUCGCCUUUGAAUGCGUGGAAACGAGUUGUGGAGGGUCUUGCCUUGUUGGAUCUUGGGGUCUCACCUUACUCAGGAGAUGUGUUUCAUGAAACACCCCUUGUCAUAUACCUCUUUCAUUUUGUGGUGGACUAUGCAGAGGUUGUUUUUAUGAUAGCAGAUGGAAUCACAGCAGUGGCUCUUUAUCUGUCAAUCCAGACUUAUAACAAGAAUGUGUUUAGAAAACAGAAAUAUGCCUUGGAAUCGGACCGGUAUCCCGCCGACUGUUUGGAGCUCCUCCGCUCUCCCAAGGAGAUGUUCUACAUCCCCCUCAAAGUUGCCAUGUUUUAUCUGUUGAACCCCUUCACCAUCCUGUCUUGUGUGGCAAAGUCGACUUGUGGGCUGAACAAUGCCAUUAUUGCGCUCUUCAUUCUCUGUACAUUAAAAGGUAGUGCCUUGUUGAGCGGGAUAUUUUUGGCCUUGGCCACAUAUCAAUCCAUCUAUCCUCUGACCCUGUUUGCUCCUGCAUUAUUGUUCCUCCUGCAGAGGUUGUAUAUCCCAGUAAACCUGAGGAGAAGUAGUUUCUGGUUCUUCACUCUUCAGUAUGUGUUCAUAUAUGUGGGCAGUCUGGUGGUGAUCACUGGACUCUCUUUCUUCCUCCUGGGCUCCUGGGACUUCAUCCCUUCUGUCUAUGGAUUCAUAUUUUCUGUUCCAGACCUCACUCCAAACAUCGGACUCUUCUGGUACUUCUUCGCAGAGAUGUUUGAGCACUUUCGUCUCUUCUUCAUCUGCGUCUUCCAGAUCAAUGUCUUUUUUUACACCAUCCCGCUUUCCAUCAAACUCAAGGAGCAUCCAGUGUUCCUCAUCUUCAUGCAGAUUGCCAUCAUCUCCAUCUUUAAGUCGUACCCCACCGUGGGAGAUGUCGCCCUAUACAUGGCAUUUUUGCCAGCCUGGAGUCACCUCUACCGAUUUUUGAGAAACAUCUUCCUGGUGUCAUGUGUGCUGUUGGCGUGCUCAGCGCUCUUUCCUGUACUCUGGCAUCUGUGGAUAUACGCUGGCAGUGCCAACUCAAAUUUCUACUAUGCCAUCACGUUGCUCUUCAACUUUGGACAGAUCCUCCUGGUAUCGGAUUAUUUCUAUGCCUACCUGCGUCGAGAACAUCACCUGACGCACGGCCUCUACCUGAAGAAGGAAGAUGGCACUGAAGCCACUCUAGUGUUAAAGUGACCUUCUUUCACAGGACUAAGAGAUCUCACCGACUGCCUCACACUCCCUUAUCUUUACUUGUUUUUUUAUUUAACUUUCCAUUCACACUACAUUCCCCCCCCCCCCCCCCCCCCUCCCAGGUCUUUUACUUUUUCACCUCAACUUGCCUCUCCUUUCUUUUUUUUCAAAACCUGUUACUUUCUUUUGCACAUUUGAGCAUUGUACCUCAUGUUUGGAUUUUGACACCCCCUCUUGGACCAAAGCUGUUUUGUAAGAGACUUUUUGAUAAUGGAGCCAACUGAAGGUAUCUGAGUGAUACAGGAACUUUACUAUUACUUUAUUUGGCUCCUAUGAAUUGUGUAAAAAGAGGUGGGUAGAAAGGUUAUUUUCACUUUUGUUUUGCUUGUUUUUCUUUGUUUCAAAGGAUUUGCUUUCUUUAUUAAACUCCAUUCAGACAGUGAGGUUGCUUAGUUGGAAGUGCAGUUUGUAGUCAUGGUCAGUAGAGGGUAUAAUAUGAAUGUGCAGUGAUGGUACAAACUCUGACUGCAGAGGGCCCAAACUGACAGACUCCUCAGAGCCUUUGUGGACGUUUUAGCAGACAGUCCAACAUGAAGAGGUGGUUUUGUUCAAAUGUUCUUUGAAUGUUUUUUUGUUUGUUUGUUUGUUUGUUUUUUUGGUUUGACUCAAACAAAUAAGAGUUGCUUAAAUAUUCAGAUUUGGUGCUUUUUGUAUGACAGUUUUGUUUUAUGUUAUUACAGAAUGAGGGAUUAAACUGCACUGCAAUCUUAUUUAUUUUUUUAAUUGGUGAUGGUUUGAAUUGUUUAUUGUUCUGAUUCUGGAUUUACUUUGAUCCGUGCUUUUGAUCUAACUCCAGAACACGUGAAUUGAUCUACUACACACCUGUAUGACUCAGCCCUCUUGUGGUUGGACCAUCCUUGUAGACCUUAAUUCAUGGAAUUUUCCAUUGCCUGUACUGUUUCCAGACUUCUCUAAUAAUCUGCCCUUUGGCCAGGUAGGAAGACGUAAACAUCCGUUUGGCUUUGAUUAUGAGGUCACCUGAUCCAAAGUCUAGUGUGUGGAAGUCAUCUCUAAUGUCAUAAAGAUGUAGAUAUUGAAAGUUUACAAACGGAUGCUUGCCAUUUUAUUUACACAUGCAAAGAUAUCCUUAUCAUACCUUAUGUUGACCUGAUUGUAUAACGCAAAUGUAUUUUCCUUAAGCAAAUUGUCAUCAGUAUUUUAUAUCAUACUGUAAUUUAAACUGUUACUAACAGGAAUAUAGUUCAAAAAUAAUUUAACUCUUAAUAAUUUUUUUUUUUUUUUGCCUUGAUUAUGAGUAAAAAUAUGCUAAAUUAAGACUUGAAGACUUGUUUUCAAUUAAGUUUACUUUUCUUACCAUAUUGGCAAUACUUUUUUUCUAUUUUAAGCCUCACUUUUUUUGUUUAAUGUAUGCUUAAAUCAAAAAAGAUCAAGGUAAGAAAAAAAUAACUUGUUAUAUAUUUUAUAUCUUUUACAAGAUAUAAAGUUUUGAAAGUAAAUUUAUUUUGUUUUGUGAAUAUUUAGAUAUUUUUACUGGAAAUCAAGACAAAUUUUUUUUUUUUUUUUGGUUGUAUAAAACAUCAUUUUGACUGAAAAUUCUGACCUUAAAUGAACAUUUUGAGCAAAAAUAAAGUAAAUGUGUUACCCCAGUAGAUAAAACCUUUCUUUAAGUUGGACUAAGACCUUUCUGUCCUUGUGAAGGUUAUUUGUGUUCUUCUGGAUGAUUUUCCCCCAUGUUUUACUUUGGAUGAACAAGUGCUACACAGACUUGCAUUCAUAAAUGUUCUUGGUACUGAGUUAGAAACAUUUGAAUGGACUGGGAACUGUCAAAAAAUAUGUGGUUGGCACGAUUAAGGGCUUUCCUCCUGCUCGCAUCAGAGAUGGAACUGCAGGGAAUAUUUUAAAUACUUAAACGUUUUUUCAAGAUUCUUUUCUCAUUUUGAAUGCCUAACAGUGGUUCAGAAAUGUGCACAAUGAAGUAUUACGCAUGAAAUAACCUCCAUUUCACAUUAUUCUGGUUCCCCUUUUGGUCAGAAAGAAGAGUUUGGGAUGUUUAGGAUGUCAAGACACUGAGUUUCAAUGAUUUGUAAAUUAUGUUGUGUUUAAAAUGCCAAUAAAGAUUAUUUCUCA